CAUUAAUUUUCAUCCACUAGCUUAGCAUCUUCGUCUCCAUUUCUCAGUUUCUCUUCAGACUUUGUGUUGAUCGAUCUACGAAAGUAAGAUGCCGAGCCGACCGACGGGAGGGAUGACGCAGGACUGGGAGCCGGUGGUGCUCCGUAAGCAAAACCCCAAGGCAUCUCAACUCCGGGACCCAAAGGCGGUGAACCAGGCGCUGAGGAUGGGAGCUCAGGUCCAAACCGUGAAGAAAUUCGACGCCGGUUCCAACAAGAAGGCUCCCGCCACGGCCGUCAACGCGAGGAAGCUGGACGAGGCGGCGGAGCCGGCCGCGCUGGACAGAGUUCCGGCGGAGGUGAGACAGGCAAUACAGAAGGCAAGGAUCGAGAAGAAGAUGAGCCAAGCAGAUCUGGCGAAGCAGAUCAACGAGCGAACUCAGGUGGUUCAGGAGUACGAGAGCGGCAAGGCGGUGCCUAACCAUGCCGUGUUGGCUAAAAUGGAGAAAGUCUUGGGCGUCAAGCUAAGAGGAAAGCAUAAAUGAAAAGAAAAAAAGUGUUAUCUGUUAUGUUCUGUUGUGUAUGUAUAAUCAUGGAUUACUGAGAAAUAAUAAUUAUGUUUUUUUCAUAA